AUGGCCACAAUUGAACCCUUGCCUCCAAUAAUUCACAAACAGUUUACCAUGUAUACUUACCACAAUCCCAAUUAUUUAUACAGAUACAGCUUCUUCUGCAAUCGUUAUAGAGCUUUACAUGCAAAUCCCUGUCGUUUAGUUCACGAUUACGCGUCGUUUAGGUUACAACCUAGGGUUUCCAAGUUUCAUCUUUGGUCAGGAUUUUUGUCGAAUGGUCAUAAGCGAUACUUUGAUUACACGAAAAUUUAUGCUAACAGCUCUCGUGAACAUGAUACUGAUUCCACUGACAAGGCUGAAUCCCAGGGGCAAGAAAACCAGGAAUCUUCGGGUUCGAGACCGGGUUCAAGCAGGAAGAAGGAGGAGGGGAAGAAUAAUUGGCGGUGGUUAAAGGGGAAUAAACAAUGGCGAUGGCAACCUAUACUUCAAGCGCAAGAGAUUGGUGUUUUGCUUAUACAGUUAGCGAUAGUGAUGUUUGUGAUGAGGUUGCUUCGGCCUGGGAUUCCAUUGCCUGGUUCUGAUCCUCGGACUUCUACAACGUUUGUGGGCGUUCCAUAUAGUGAGUUUCUGAAUAAGAUAAAUAGCAACCAGGUGCAGAAAGUGGAGGUUGAUGGGGUCCACAUCAUGUUUAAGUUGAAAAAGGAUGCCAUGAAUACUGGAAGUAUGGACAGUAGUGAUGAACUGAAUAGUAAGUUUCAGGACUCAGAUUCUUUGUUAAGGAUUGUGAACCCCACGAAGAGGAUUGUGUACACGACAACAAGGCCAAGCGACAUCAAAACGCCGUAUGAGAAGAUGGUUGAGAAUGAUGUAGAGUUUGGUUCCCCUGAUAAGAGGUCUGGAGGGUUCUUGAAUUCUGCAUUGAUAGCCUUAUUCUAUGUUGCAGUGCUUGCAGGUCUUCUUCAUCGGUUUCCUGUAAGCUUUUCUCAGAAUUCACCAGGACAGCUUAGAAAUCGCAAGACUGGGGGUUCGGGUGGAGCCAAAGUGUCUGAACAAGGGGAAACUGUUACUUUUGCUGAUGUUGCUGGUGUUGAUGAGGCCAAGGAGGAGCUAGAAGAAAUUGUGGAAUUUCUUAAGAACCCAGACCGGUAUAUGAGACUUGGCGCACGCCCUCCUCGAGGUAUUCUUUUGGUGGGUCUCCCUGGGACAGGUAAGACACUUCUAGCAAAGGCUGUUGCUGGGGAAGCUGAAGUUCCCUUCAUCAGCUGUUCAGCAAGUGAGUUCGUUGAGUUGUAUGUUGGCAUGGGAGCAUCUCGUGUCAGAGACCUUUUUUCUCGAGCAAAGAAGGAGGCCCCAUCAAUAAUAUUCAUAGAUGAGAUAGAUGCUGUAGCUAAGAGCCGUGACGGUAAAUUUCGCAUUGUCAGCAAUGAUGAGAGGGAACAAACCUUAAAUCAGUUGCUCACUGAGAUGGAUGGAUUUGACAGCAAUUCAGCUGUAAUUGUCCUUGGGGCUACUAAUAGGGAAGACGUUUUAGACCCAGCCUUACGUAGACCUGGAAGAUUUGACCGAGUGGUUGCGGUGGAAACACCUGAUCGAACUGGAAGGGAAGCCAUUUUGAAAGUACAUGUUUCCAAGAAAGAACUUCCUCUUGGGAAGGAUGUUGAUCUGGGUGAAGUCGCCUCUAUGACAACUGGUUUCACAGGGGCAGAUCUGGCCAAUUUGGUGAAUGAAGCUGCAUUGUUGGCUGGAAGGCAAAGUAAACUUCUUGUGGAGAAAAUUGAUUUUAUCCUAGCUGUAGAGCGAUCGAUAGCGGGGAUUGAAAAGAAGACGACCAAGCUGCCGGGUAGUGAGAAAGCUGUUGUUGCUCGGCAUGAAGCUGGUCAUGCGGUAGUGGGAACUGCUGUUGCAAAUCUUCUUUCUUGUCAGCCGCGUGUUGAGAAGCUUAGCAUAUUGCCAAGGUCUAGAGGGGCACUGGGAUUUACUUACACUCCCCCAACCAAUGAAGAUAGGUAUUUGCUCUUCAUCGAUGAGUUGCGUGGGCGCCUUGUUACUCUUCUUGGGGGCCGUGCAGCAGAAGAGGUUAUUUAUUGUGGACGUGUAUCAACAGGUGCGCUUGAUGAUAUACGGCGAGCAACAGACAUGGCCUACAAGGCAGUGGCUGAAUGUGGCCUUAAUGAAACCAUAGGCCCUAUUUCAUUAACUACUCUUUCUGGUGGUGGAUUUGAUGAGUCUGGGGGAUCUACACCUUGGAGAAGGGAUAAUGGGCACCUUGUUGAUCUCGUUCAGACGGAGGUUAAGGCCUUGCUGCAAUCAGCUCUUGAUGUAGCGGUCUCCGUUGUUUGUGCCAAUCACACUGUUCUGGAGGGUCUUGGGGCACAUUUGGAAGAAAAAGAGAAAGUAGAAGGUGAAGAACUGCAAGAAUGGUUGAAAUUGGUGGUUGCUCCAUCAGAGCUUACCUUCUUCAUUAGAGGAAAGCAAGGUUCUCUUCUCCCAUUACAAACAGGUUCCAGUUAA